GGGGACGGUACGGCAGGGGGAGGGGGCAGGCGGGGAGGGGCUGGAGGAGGAGGGCGGAGGGGAGGCAGGCAGCAGAAGUCGGAUGCGGCGGGGAGCUCUGCCAUACCUGACCUGCUGCUGCCGGUCGUACAACGCUACGUCGCCCUGUCGGGCCACUGCGUGCGGCUGCUGCGGCUGGAGGGGCUGCUGCUGGUGGGGGCACACCUGGGGCCGCUGGCGGCAGCAAACCACGUGUGCGAGGAGGAGGAGGCGGCGGAGCUCCCUGCCAGCCUGGGUUCGCUGGUCCGCUGCUGCCUGCGCUGCAGCGAGGAGCUGGGCCCCUUCCUGCAGCCCGCCAAGAGGGCCUACGUGUUCGGGGCGCUGGGGGCGGCGACUGCACGGGGGGCCAUGUGGCUGCUGCCGGCCAUCCACGACAUCAACUCGCUGGGCGUGGAGCGCAUGAUCCGCGCCCUCUCCCUGCUGCAGCCGCCCCUCACCGCACUCGCCAACAUGGCACCGCCGCCGCACACGGCAGCAGCAGCAGCCGCUGCCUCCGCUGCCACCAGCCGGCAACAGCCGCAGCAGCAGACCUCCGCUGUCGACUCCACCGCCGCAACAGUAGCAGCAGCAGCAGCAGCAGCCGCCCUGUGCUCCCUCCCCUGUGUGUCCGGCUACCCCUCCCCCAGUACAGCACUGCUGGCGGCGCUGCUGACGUGUCCCGAGCUGCGGGGGGAGCGGGGGGGACUGUACGACAGCGCCCGGAGCUACUACGGGUUGCUGCUGGUGGCCCCGGAGGAGGUGGUGCGGGCGGCGGGGGAGCGGCCGGGGAGGUUUAGGUACGCGGAGUGGAUGGCGCUCAUGCAGGCCAACGUGCCGCACCGCCCCGUGACCGACGUCUCCCUGGCCGCCCUAACGCGCUGUCUGGACCGCGCUCACGGCCUGACACCGGGCGCCAAGGUGGCGGGGGUGGUGGGCGCGGUGGUGGGGGCGGUGCAGGCGCCGGCG